GAGUAUUACCGCGACCUGAUAAGUGUAAGCUCCACGCUGUAGUCGCUCACAGUAGAAUUCAGCACUGCCUAGGAAAGCACUUUUUAAGUAAAGAUAAAUAGCACUGAACUUUGAAGCAGCCAUUCAUUAUAGACACUGGAAGAUAAACUCAUUCCUUAACAUCAAUCUACACUGGGAUCCGAAGAAGAUCUGAAAGUUUCCAACGAAAUAAGACCGUUAUAAUAAACUUUUGGAGACUUUUAAAGAAGUUACUUGAAACUAUUUCACUUUCUCGAAGCAUUUCCUAACUUCAACUAAGUCGUCCAGAAACAAUCUGUCAGUGACUAUCUGUACUGAACUUUUGUGACAACCAGAAGAGUUACAACAGUAACUCUGUCCUGUUCUAAUUCCGGAGGGUCUGUUGUUUACAAUUCCUGGCUGGCAUUCUAUGACUAGUAAGAUGGAGCCUACAUUUUACGAAGAAGCACUUAAUGUUACUUUCGCAAUGUCUGAACCUCAAGCUUUUGGAUACAACAACCAUAAGAUCCUGAAACAAAACAUGACUUUGAACCUGUCCGAUCCCAGCAGUAGUAUUAAACCUCAUUUACGAAACAAGAACGAUGAUAUUCUUACGUCUCCUGAUGUUGGACUACUGAAGUUAGCGUCCCCAGAACUUGAGAGACUCAUUAUCCAGUCGAGUAAUGGGUUGAUAACUACUACACCGACUCCUACUCAGUUCAUGUGCCCGAAAAACGUUACUGAUGAGCAAGAAGGGUUUGCUGAUGGGUUUGUGAAGGCACUGGCGGAACUGCACAACCAGAAUACCAUGCCUAUUGUCACGUCCGCAGCUCCACAGCCAGUGAGUAGUGGGAUGACACCUGUCUCCUCCAUGGCUUGCACCAGUGUUUACAACGCGAGUCUGCAUCCCGAUCCUCCAGUGUAUGCAAAUCUAAACAGCUUUAACCCUAAUGCAAUAAGUACGACUUCCACUUACACUGGGAACAGCAUGGGGUUUCCACCUCAGCACCACAUCAAUCCUCAGAUGUCAGUGCAGCACCCUCGGCUCCAAGCGUUAAAGGAGGAACCCCAGACAGUGCCAGAGAUGCCUGGGGAGACGCCUCCCUUAUCGCCCAUAGACAUGGAAUCCCAAGAGAGGAUCAAGGCUGAAAGGAAGCGCAUGAGGAACCGAAUCGCCGCUUCAAAGUGUCGGAAAAGGAAGCUGGAGAGAAUUGCCAGGCUGGAGGACAAAGUGAAAACUUUAAAGGCACAGAACUCUGAACUGGCAUCCACCGCCAACAUGCUGAGAGAACAGGUUGCACAGCUGAAGCAGAAGGUGAUGAAUCAUGUGAACAGUGGAUGUCAGUUAAUGCUAACUCAGCAGCUGCAAACAUUUUGAAAAGACUGGCAGAAGGACUUUGAUGGAUCAGAAUUUAUCACAAAGUUGUCAGUUAAUGCUAACAGCGAGCUGGGAGGCAUGUGGAGUGCGGUCUGCGCCCCGGUGCGCAUGUGUGGAGAGACUAAGCCAGCCUUCAGUUUGAGUUAGUAUUAGAGCGACGAGGUGUGUCACUCGAAGUGCUGUUCCUGCUACAAGGAGAUUUGUCAAAAAUCUUCGCUUUUCAUGUCGACCAAGAGACCUGCAUGGACCUAACAUUCGAAGAAAACAUUCAGUAUUAAAGACAUAACUGCAAUAGAGACUGUAGCUUACUUCUGUUGUAGUAUGUUCGCAAAAUAUGGGCGGGCGGGGACGGGAAGUUUUAUGGGAGGCUAACAAGAUGAAACUGUUUGCCUUCGGAUAAAACGUACACUUUUUUUCCUCCGAUUAGUACUGAUUUAUUGUCGGCAAAACAACAGUGGGUUGUAAGUUAUUUUGUAUGUUGCCUAAUGGGUAUUGCACCCAGUACUGUUUGUAAAUAAGAGACUUGAAAGCGUUUUAAGUUUACCGUUUUUACCAAAGUAUAUAAUUUUUUAAGUUCAUUUUUUUCUGAACAGUUCAUGGUGCGUUCAGGUAUAUUUAAGAAGUUGUAAUAAACUAUUUAAAACGCA